GAUUAUUUUAGUGCAAAUGUAACAUAUUUUUCAUAUAAACAUAAAUCUGAAAUUUGUUUUAUUUGUAAUUAUAUUGUAUUACAACAAAAAUAUGACUGAAUUUAAAUCAAAGCAAUCACGACGUGAGCCAAAGAUAUGCGGCGUUUGCGGCCAUAAGGCUAUUGGCAUGUGUCCGAUCAACGAGGAAUUCAUACUGAAUGACGAGGAAAGACACUUUCGGCGCUUGAAAUUAGAGGCCAAACGCCGACAACGAAAGGGUAGCGGCGAAACCUCUGCCACACCGGCGACACCCCAUCCGUCGUCGGGCACCGCCUCUCCCGACGAGACGAUGACAUCGUUUUACUCGCAAUACAGCGAAACGAUCAGCGAUUCAAGCGAUAUGUUUGCCGUAAACACAGGCGUCGACACAAACAAUGAGUACUCGUUGUUAAGUGUUUGCACAGCGGAUGCGACACCCCUUCCCUCCAUCAGCCCUAUAACCAACACAACAGCCAAUCUAUUGGACACCGACUUUUUCGCCUACGAUAACUAUGGCGAACAAUUGGUGCCAAUCGGUGACGAUCACCAACUUCUGGAGAUCGGAACCAUUGAUCGCAACAAUAAUAACAACCACUCGUUCACCGCCGCCGACGACACCGACAUUGCGGACGACGUGUACGAAAAGGUCGUACAGUUUGAGCUGUCAAUCAUACCGAUAGCUACGGACAGCUCAGCCGAAAGCACACCAUUUAACGACUCGGAGCGCAAAGUGCUCCGGGAAUUGCUGAACGCCGUCCACAACAGUCUCAUAGACUGUCCGAAGACAUCGUCGGUCACAGAGAUUGUCACACUUCACGAGUUGAGACAAACAAUGGGCUAUAUUUGGGAGCGAGAGAUACAAAUGAUUGUCGCUUUUAUGAAGAGUUUGCAAUCGUUUCAACGCCUGUGCGAAACCGAUCGCAUCGCUCUCCUCAAGAACAGCUCGUUUGAAGUCUUGUAUUUGUUGUCUAUUAUGCGAUAUAAUCCGGCGGCUGAUUGUCUCACUUUGCCCAUGGUCAGUUAA